AAUAAGUAGUUUACAGAAAUAUGAACAUAAUCGAAAUAGUCUGUCGUUAAAACAUUAAUAAAAUUAAGAUGUUUUAGUACAAUUACUUUAAAUUUAACUUCUCAAUCUUAUAGGUCAAUGACUUAUUAUUUUAAGUGACAUUCAAAUCUAUCGACUGCUAUGUUAUUUUUAUGAUUUAAAAAUUAAGUAGUUGUUUUUUCAAAGAUAAAACCUAAUAUUGGAAGUUUAUGUAAGAAUUUUUAUAAUAGUUCUUAACAUUCUUUACUUCUUUUAUUGAUUUUAUUUCAAAUGGCCGAAAAAGCUGCUCAUCAUACUACAACUGUUGUAACAUGUCCAUCAAUUUUUGAAGUUAUUGCUCAAGAAAGUUUAUCAGCUACUAUUUAUCCAGCACUAAAAAAACUGGUUGAUUAUAUAAAUCUUAAGAAUUCAAACAAAUGUAUUUGGUUAGUUCAGUACUUCGAUGAAGUUUACUUAAUCUUCAAUAGUUUAUGUCAAUUAUAUUAUUUAAAAACAUAUGGAGGAACAUUUUCAGAGAAUUUUUAUGAUUUAACUAGAGUUAGGCAACCUAGCAACUUGAGAUCCGCUCAAAAGCAACUUUUAUUCAAUUUAGCAUUGACUGUUUGUGUUCCUUAUUUACGGAUUAAAUUGGAAACUUAUAUUACCAACUCGAAAACAAAGCAUAAUACUCAGCUUUUAGAUGUAUAAAUUAUUACUAGGCCUAUGAUUUAUAUGCAUUUAUAAAUAUUUGAUCCAAUUUGAAGGGUCCCAAGUUAGUGCAACUUCAUUAUAGGAUAGAAAUAUUUUUCAAUUUAACCCUUUAGCA